AUGCCGAUGGCAGCCGGGUUCACCAUUAAAGAUGAUGAUGGGAAGGAUGUGUGUCGCGAGUUUCAGCGAGAUCUGAUGAACUGUGGGUUUCGGGGUGAGCAUAUCGUCAAGCACUAUGACGAGUUGAGAAACCAUUUGUACGAAUUGAGGCGAAGUUUCAAUGAUAAGAGCCUCGAUAUUACGAUCCUUCAAGUGAAGCUUAGUGCAUCUUCCGGACAGUCACCUCGAUCAGGGGAAAUGCCGAAGCCACGCAAAGUCUCUGUUCAUAUAGAGCUGCAACAAGACGAGCCACGAAGGAACGGAGAUCAAAUGAAGCCGAAGAUCAAUCAGAAUACCGAACAGCCACUGCCUCCCAAACCGAAACGCUACUUCGUGAACGGCAAGAUUGUCGAAAUGGAUGAUUCAACCCAAGAAUAUCACUCGGAGCCAGAUUCGCGAAGACAGCAUGAACGACGGACACGACAGCAACAGUUUCGACCUGAAUCGCCUUCAGGCUGGAGUUCAGCGUCGACAGUGGGCUCGAGACCGUCCAUGAAAGAACACCAGCGACCGUUUGUACACAACUACAAAGCACAAGUCUCCCCCGAGCAGUCCAACCCUGCUAUCCCCGGCCAGGUUCCUGGCAUGCCCGUUCAUACCAACCAUCCAAUGUAUACCGGCUUCCAACCAAUACCAAACCCUUACAUAUCUUCCCAGAAUGGGUAUCCUCCACCACAAGCCUAUUACGCCUACGCAUAUCAAAAUACCCCAAUGUCAUACUUCCAACCACCUCCUCUGCACCAGGGUUAUACAUAUGGAGCAUCGUUCACAUAUCCCUACCCACCAUAUCCAAACCAAUACCCAAACCAUGAGAACAACACAACUACACCCCAACCAACCAACCAACACUUUCCACACAAUUUCCCAUUCGACCCAAACAAAACACAAGCGAACCAACACCAACCCGUCCUCCAACUAACAUGGGAAAAAGUCCCCCAAAAAGACCUCCACCCACUGAUCCACCUGCCAACCCUCCCAGAAGGCUGGGACUGGCGGCUCGACAAAAUCAACCGCCUCUUCUACGUGGAUACAUACGCGCACGGGCAAGAAAAAAUGUUUCUGGAAACCGCCGAUAGAAGAACCGCACGAAGAAGAAAGCCGCAACAUGCCCGGCUGGGAACGGACCUUUCGGCUGGAGAAUUGCAUCUGGGUUCGAAUGGGUUCGAUGCUGAGUCGUUGCGGUGGAGGCAUUGGUCGAGUGUUGAUCUUGGGUUGUUUGUGCUUGAUGAUUCUGAGGUUGCGUGUCGGAUUUCUAGGAAGGUUUGGCGGGAGGGUAUUUCUGAUGAAGCUGUUGGCGUUAGAGGGGAGUUGUGGUGGGGGAAUCCUAGUGUUUGGCAGCGGUGUCUGAGGUUGUCGACGUGGUGUCGGCCUAGUGUGGAGAGUGUUCUUUCUGAAGUUGAGGUGCCUUUGACUGGGGAUGAUGGUCUUGGGGAUGAGAUUAGAGACAUGGGUUUCGAAGAUAAGGAUGGGUUUUACUCUGGCAAUGCAACCUGCAAUUCGGUUAGAGGAUCAUCCUUGUAUAUGAGUUCGAAUUAUCAAAGGGCGUCGGUCGAGGAUAUAACUGAAGACGAGGCACACAAGCAACAUGCCUACUAGACUGGGGGAUUAAGGGCAUGAAAAUGAUGAUAUUCCCAGAUGACGUAUACUCAUCAGUUCAACAACCUCCCCAGCCUUAUAGUCACAAACCAAUUAGGUCGGGAGGAAACCUUGACCCUUCCAAGGUUGGUCAAUAUGAGGCGAUGACUUGUAGGUGACGUCGACGGGCGUCUGGUAGUUCUCCACAUGUUACUACACUGUAGCUGCAACCAGAACAGCACAACUCAUCUCGAUGUAUGAAAUCUCUCGAAGUAAAAAGUUCAACGAAGGAUAAAGCCAGCAGUAAAUCAUUGACAGAACAAG